AUGUACAAGGUACUGGAGCGCAUUAUCCUGGACCGACUCAUUAAACAUCGCGAAGAAACAGCGCGCGACGAGCAAGCUGGCUUUCGUCCUGGCCGAUCUACGAUUGACCAGGUGUUCAUCGUCAGGAAAAUGAUCGAAAUCUGGCAGCGGUAUUCGAAGCCAAAGCAACUAGCGUUUCUGGACUUUGAAGCUGUGUUCGACUCUCCUCACCGAGGCCGUCUUCUCAACGCGCUCGGCGCCGGUGGAGUACCAGGAAAGUUCGUUCGCUUGCUUGAUGACAUGAAUCUACGAACGGCUGCUGCAGUUCGAACAUUAGCCGGAUGUACAAUACCGUUUGGAGUGGUAAUUGGAGUAAGACAAGGGGCGGUGGCAGGACCCUUCCCGUUUAAUUUCGCCAUCGACGACGUUAUGCAAAGAACGGUCGACCAGUGUCCUGCCGACAUUGUUCCAGCACCAUGCCCCUUGACUGAUCUCGAGUACGCCGACGAUGCUGUUAUAUUUGCGGAAAGCAGUACGAAACUUCAACAUGUUGUCAACCUUGUAUCGAAGCUUGCUGCAGCCCAUGGACUACGUCCACGCCCUGAUAAAUGCAAGUAG